AUGAAGAAGAUGAGGAGGUCGAAGGUUGCUGCUGAGCCCACGGAAAACUGCUGUGCUCUGUGCAGGUUCAGUGAUGAUGAUCCAGCCUUAUUUGGAGAAAUGGUCAAACUCAAGGAGCACAAGAUGUCGGUCCACUACUUCUGUUUGCUGACGUCGUGUGGAGUUUUCCAGCGAGGAGAGGAAGACGAGGGCGUCUUUGGAUUUCUGAUCGAGGACAUCAAACAUGAGAUCCGAAGGUCGGCUCGAUUGGUCUGCUGCGGCUGUAAGAAGAAGGGCGCGUGCGUCGGCUGUUAUGUCCGAAACUGCAGGAAGAUGGUGCACUUCCCCUGCGGCAGAAAAAAGAAGUUCAUAUCGCAGUUUACCGAAAUGUUUCCGUCUUACUGCGAGGAUCACAGCCCCUCCCAGUCUGUGACUGUGGGGUCCGACUUCAGUCUGCCUCAGUCCUGCUCCGUCUGUUUGGACUCCAUCGACCCAGUUUUGUCCUACUCCAUCCUCAAGUGUCCGUCCUGCCAUGCCAGCUGGUUCCACAGAGACUGUGUGCAGCGUCAGGCCCAAAGCGCUGGGCUCUUCUUCUUCAGAUGCACUCUCUGUAACAACAAAGAAGACUUCCAGGAGGAGAUGCUCAGGAUGGGAAUUUACAUCCCAGAGAGAGAUGCAUCAUGGGAAUUGGAGGCAAAUGCAUUUUCAGAACUCCUGGAAGUGCACAGGCGCUGUGACUCCCUCACAUGCCUCUGCAACAACGGACGCACAUACUGUGCCAAGACCGGCUGGUUUGAGUUGAUUCGGUGUCGCCUGUGUGGGUCCACAGGGACUCACCGAAAGUGCUCAGGACUACAGGUGGACACCACAGACUGGGCUUGCACGGACUGCACAAACGCUACUGACGGGAAAGCAUCCCUGGUUACCUCACCUCAGGAGGGUCAGAGGAGAAGUUUCCUGUCCAAACGCCACCUGUCUUCGCUCGACUCUCCCAUCAGCUGUAAAAGAGCGUGCUCACCUGUUCAACCUGGAUCACCUGAGGAGCUCCUUCAGUCUUUAGUUCCUCGACUCCAUCACACCAGUGUUCAGGUAGAGGUGAAUGGGGACCAAGCUCUGUCUGCUGGUCUAGACCUGGUCAGGAGGACUGAUUUCGACCCUACACACCUUCUGUCCAUCAGGUUCAAAGAUGAGCAGAACACUGUGUUCUCCAGCAGCCACGAAGACACAGCCAAGAAGUACUUCUUGAAACUUCUCAUUCAGCAGAUCCAGGAUUCUGUGGUGUUUGAGGGUCCAAGUGGAUCAAAAAAUCUGACACUGAACUCUCAGGCUCUACGUGACGACCUGUACUUCGACGUCGGCUGCCUGCUGGCUCUGGCUCUGGUCCACGACGGUCCUCAUGUUGGGUUCUUCUCUCACGCGCUCUACCAGUGUCUGUUCAACUACCCAGCCAACUGCCCCCUCACCGUCAGGGACAUGACGUCUGAAACUACUUUCACCCAGCAAGUCAGGCGGAUUGCGGCGGCCAGGUCUGUGGAGGAGCUGAAAGAAGCCGCGGCAGAGAGCUGGGAGUACCUGGAGCUGGCCGGCUGCAACCGACCAAUCAGCAGCCUGGAGGAGCGAGAGGCGCUGGUGGAGGACCUGGUCAGCUUCACCAUGAUCACCCGGAUGCAGCUCCCCCUGCAGAGGUUUCGGGAGGGUCUGCAGACGUUGGGCGUCUUUGAUCAGGUUCAGCUCUUCCCGUCCGUCUUCUUCGGCGUUUUCUGCCAGACCGCGGAGCACGUCACGGCUCAGACGCUCAGCUCGCUCUUCACCGUCAACUUCUCCGAGCAGGAGGACAAACUGAAGCGGGAGACGCCCGUCGUCACCUUCUGGAGACACUUCCUGCUCGAGUGUGAAGUUGGAAAAAGCUCCAUCUCUCUGAUGGACGUCCUUCGCUUCUCCACCGGAGCCGAUAAGCUUCCAUCCAUCGGUCUCUUCCCUCCUCCCUCCAUCUCCUUCCUCCACACUCCCACCUCACCCAGAGCUGGACCAGAAGAGCCGGAGGAGUGGAGCGAUGAGGGGCUUUUCCCUCAGAGCAAGCCCGAGUCCAACACGCUCCUCUUACCCGUCAAAUCCACCUACAAGGCCUUCAAAAGCUCCAUGGAGCAGGCCAUCAGCCACCACGUGCACCUCCUCCCCUCAGAGCUGGAGUAGGAGGAGUCGACUCCUGUUAACUCCUUUAUG